AUGUGUGUUGUACAGUGCGCCUCUACCAUCGACAACAACAAAACGAAAAUAGUCGGCAAAUAAGCGGAAAAAUGUGUUUAUGCUGUUGCAAAAUAAAGUGUCAACCAAUUUCCGACUAACUAGUGCUUGCUGAAUCAUGUCACGGUGAAAUAUAGGUUGUUCUAAUCUUUCCCACGGAAAAAAGGUUCCCCAGCCAAAAAAAGAAACGCGAAAAAAGAGGAAGCGCAGAGUUUGUGUUUAAUUGCGAGAGUGGAUAAUGAUGCUUCGCUAAGCCGAGAAAUCCAGCCAUGGAGUCGAUUGUCUUACACUCGGAUGUGGCACGCUUGGUCCUGGGCUAUCUGGUCAACCAGAAUCUGAAGAGGGCGGCCCACACUCUGUGUCGGACAUCACCGCACCUGCGUCACGAGUUCCUGGCCCUCAAACAGGGCCUGCAGACGCAUAACUUCCUUAACGGCGGUUUGGAGGAGAUUAUUUGCGAGCAUGUAAAGAUCACGGGCUUGGUGGCUGAAUCCGUGCAAAAGUUGCCCCUGGGGACACGCUUGCAGCUGCAGCAGCUAAAGUUAUCCGAACGGGUCAGCGAACUGAUAGCCAUCGGCGAAAGGAGUAGCUGUAGUAAUGAGAGCAACACCCCAGGCGAGCCCAGCAUAUCACAGUCUGAUCGCAAAAGAAGGCGCUUGCGUACGCAAUCUCCUGUGAAUAGCAUGUCCUCGCCUUCAUUCAGCAAAAGGCCGCGUCUGUUGCCGCCGCACUUCUUCUGCAGCAUUCACCGCGAGAAGGUCAAGCAAAGUUUCUUGACUAGUCAGGAGGACCAGGAGGCGGAACUGGAGGAGGACGAAGAGAGCACUACGGCGACCGAUGACUUGGAAGAGGAGGAACUGCCUUCUGAGAAUGGCCCAGGGCCUCGCAACAAUUCCACACCACGUCAGGGUCACGUUGAGACGAAUCCUCUCCUGCUCACACCACAAAGUAUGCCUGAAUUGGCCAGUGCGAUAAUUAAGAAUCAGGACUUCCAGGAUACGCUGGUAAAGAACAUAAACGUGGCGCUGCAGACGGUGACUGUGACCAAUCCGGCGGUAAGUUGUGACGCAAUGCUGGACGGUCUGGUGAAGAAUAUACUUGAGGCUACUGAAAAGGAUCCCUCGUUCGAUCGUAUCAUUCAAGAAGUAGUGAUCGGGGAUGACCCUCUGCCAAACCAAGAAGCUUCUGGCGUGUCUGACCCCAGUACGGCAGCGACUGAUGCUGUCAUUUCCGCUCCCGCAGUGCAGGUGCCUUGUGUAGAACAGCCUACUGAUCCCGUACCACCGCAAACUCCGCUCAUUAUUCGCACCGCCGUAGCAGCCACCACUGGAACUAACGCGGAUCCGAACUUCUCCAUCUCAAAGCUCAUAGUGCUGAACUCUAACGAAAGUGUCCAAAAAAUAGUUGCUGGCAUGGAUACGUCCAAUGUCAGCUUCACCAGCGAUGGCUUGAAUCUUAACUUUGCCGAUCCGGCGUCCAUGUUGUCCGAGGCAGAGGCGGCGGCUGCUGGUCAGGUAUGUGUGGACGCCACCACCGGACAGUUGACGUUUCCCAUGUACCUCUCGAACGGCGGACUUCUGUCGCACCUUCCAUUCCUGGUAAACAACGAGUGGGUGGCCCAGCAACUCGGGCCGGAUGCCUUUGCCAACAUAGAUGACCCACACAUAGAGAUCUCCUUGCCGGAACCAAUUACUUUGUCCGCCAAUCAACUGCCUCCUAAUUCAAUUAUCAUCAACAGCGCACAGAAACAACCACCUCCGUUAAGCGCGGUACCGCCUGUCCAGUUGAUAAAAGAAACGAAAGUUGAGAAAAAAACAAUCAAAGGAGUGACACCAAAGGAUCAACAACAGGAACAAAUGGAGGAGGAGCAGCAAAAGCUUCCGCCAGCCUCUUUGGAUUCCUCUCGACAAGUUUUGGAGAGAGGUACACCUUCCACUGCGGGGAUAAUCAAUGUAAAGGCCUUCCGAAGCUUAUCCACUCCCAGAAAAAGAACUUCGCAUGUACGAACUUUAACUUUCUCCCCUAAGAUUCCUCCUGGCGGCGUCCUUCAUCCUAAUACGCCGCUCUCCACUAGGCGACCUUGUUUGCUGGCCAAAGCCAAAGAGAAGCCAAUUAUCAAUCAUGUGGAGAUUAUUCAGACAGCCUGCGAUUUAAGCUCAAAUGAGGGACUUGGUGGUGUGCCACCACUGUUUGCAAUGGAGGAGAGCAGCAACCAAACGGUGAUCAGGGCCAAUCCACCAGCUGCAGUUCCGCCAGCAGCUUCAGCUCCAGCUCCUACGAUGGUUGCCACGCCGAAAAGAAAACAGAAACGCCAAGCAGCGGUCAAAGCCUGCAAGCGGAUAAUCUCCCAGGCGGAAUCAGAAUCCAAGACAGUGAAAGAUCUGGAGAAAAAUGGACCGAAGAAUAAGUCCGCAUGCAGCACAUCUUCUCCCCGUCACGAUGAUAGCGCUGAGGCCAGCAAAGAGAAUCUCCAGGAGCAAGAGAAAAUAGAGAAGACUGAAGCAGGCUCAUCCACUAGAGAAGCAGUUGAAGAAAACGAUUUGGUCGCCUGGCAGCGCCAGUUGCAGGGCUCUAACUCUGAUCUGGAGAAUCGGCUGCGUGAGAUCAACUCCAAGCGUGAGGAGGUGAAGGCCAGUGGUCGAUCGAGGCGUCCAAAGAAGAAGGAAACACCCACAUCAGCUUCAUCUAGAGCCCGGAAAGUCUCUGUGGCCAAGGCAAAAGCAGAGCACAAGACUCAGGUCAGGAAACCGCAGCGGACUGGCGGAGAUUCGACAGAGAAGAUCAGCAUAAAGAUCGUUACUCCUCAAAAACCUAGAGCUCUAAAAAAGAAGAAGACAUUUGAGCCAAAGGAGGAAAUCAUAGACGAAACCAUUGAGGAAACUAUAGACGAGACCCAAGUGGCGGUCGACGUAAAGGAUCAGAAAAUGGAAAAUGAGGCGGAUAGGGCUCCUGAAGGAGAUCAGGAUCAGGUUAAGUUGUUAGCGGCAGAGCUGGUACGGCCCAACAUAGCCAUGUUACUGGAUACACCUUUUAAGUCAUCUCCCAUUGGAGCAGGAGCAAGUGUUGUAGUAGAAGAUGACACUACAUCAAAGGAAGCAGGUGGCGCUGGAGUCUCCGCCAUCCCUCCAACUCCAGGAAUGGCUAUCGCACCGCUAGACACUCCAUAUAGUAAGUUGCCCAGCAGCAGUUUCCUUUUUGGUUCGGAUACGAAAAGUAUUAUGGAUACGCCCCAGUUAAGCGCCAUCACUCCUGGAUUUCGCUUGACACCUUUUGGACAGAUGCCUGGAACACCAAUAGGCAGCGCUGCCAAGACUGAAUACUCUUCUGGAAGCUCCUAUUAUCGUCCGGAUGAAGCAGAGCACACGGAUGCAAAUGCGCAGUGCGCAAUACAGCAGUGGGACGAUUUGCAGGAGAAAAAACAACCUCAGGUUCGGUCUAAGGAAAAGAAAGGAGUAUCUGAGAAAGAAGUUUUGCAGGAAAAUGAUCUUCCAUUAAAGGAAAAGGAGCAGUUAGCAAGUGGACCUCGGAAAGAAAGUCCUUAUCAGGAGGCGGAGCAUAAGGACAAUAAGGAGACACCUAUAAAAACAGACACAGAAAAUGAAGAGCAUGCUGAGCCAAAUCAGGGUGAUGCCACGCAAAAGGAAAUGGUUUCAAAGAGCACUCCGGAGGAUGCGAAGCAACCCGUUGUGCUAUCCCUAGAACCCACUGUCCUUCGACGAGUUAGAUCUUUUGGUUGCGAGGCUGUAGAUAGUGCGGAAUCGGCUGCCGCUGGUUCUUUUCCUUCGGAUCAGCAGCAGCUUCCACACUACAAACUUUUGCCAGGCCUGCCCGAGGCCAUCAUUGAGGGAUCUAGCAGUUCUAGCUCGUCAGUGACCAGUUCAUCGUCUUCGUCUAGUUCGAGCUCAAGUUCUUCCAGUAGUUCGUCGUCUAGUUCAUCUUCCUCGCAUAGUUCUCAAAGCGGAAAUGAAGAAAGCGAUAAGAAAGCGGCAGAGGGCGAGGAUGUUAAUGAGAACUGUCCCAAGGAUGAAGUGCUACUCAACAUAGAUAACUUAUCAAAUAUAAGCAGCACGGAAGACGAGGAGUGGCUGAAAGCAUCUGGCUCGCAGGAUGUAGUGCUGCCAAUUCUGGCUAUUGACUGUCAACCAGGUCAAUUGGUUAGCCAGGAUGGCGAGGUGCGCUAUCCUAUAAGAAAUUGGCUCACACCAAGCAAGGAACAAGUCCAGGAGGGGAAUACCAGUGGGGAACUGCGAACCAAUCUUCCACCCCCUGAACCGAUGGCCGCACGACAGAAUGCUGCUGUUCCACCACCACCACUUCCUGUAACUCCGCCAGCUGCUCCUCCUCCACCGCCGCCAGAGGAAGUUGAUAUUUUACCCGCUCCAUCAGCACCCUCUGCAAUUAUCCAGGAGCAUCAACGCCAACAGCUAGACGAGAAACGCCAACGUGUUAUGGCCAAGUUCAAGGAACAAUCCCAGCCAGCAAGGACUCAAACCAAAAAGACUGUCACUAAGAAGCUCACUGCCAUGCGUGAAACGGCCAAAUUGGCCAACCCAAGCACUCAGAAGUCUCCAAAGAAAAUGGAACACGUGGAGCAGCCCAAAACUAAGGCAAAGGCCAAAAAGCUAGUCGAACCAGCUCAGAAGGUAGAGGCCACAAAGAAUCCUGACCUUCAAGCUGUUGCUGCUCCCACAGAUGCGCCAAUAAAUCCACCAACAAGCAAAUUGGAUCCCGCAUUGCUUAUGGCCCUUAAUCUUUCAGCCAAAAAACAAGAGCCAUUAACGACUACAGUCAAACCCAAAGUAACCCGUGCGGCUGUUGAGAUUGCUGCACAACCGGCACCAUGUAAACGUGGACGUCCCAAGAAGUCUUUAACUGAUGAGCCAGGCCACGUCUUUAUGCGCCGAUCCUCACGGCUAAUCGACAAUAAAACUCCUGCUCCGGAGGAACUUUUGAAAGUCAAUAGUGGGGAAACAACGAAGAUUAACGCCAAAGCGACCACCAAAAAGCCAGUAAAGAAAAGAACCGAAACCAGGUUGGCCUCCGUAACCGACGUAACGACACUGCCAAUGGUAGCGGAAGCUGAAUCUACACAGGGAUCCCCAGAGCAAAAGCAGCCAGAACAGCCGCUGCCACAAGAAACACACCAGGACCAUAACCCACCGUCCGAUCCGUAUGCCGAUGACAGCGACUACGAACAGGACAUUUGCCUGAGCAGCAGCCAGGAUCGCUGUACCUUCAACUUUUCUUAUGCGGACAACGGACCCAAGUCCAGCAAUCCGAUGAUACGUCAGCCAUCGAGCUAUUUCAAAAUGUAUCAUAUGCGCGUUAUGACCGAUGACGAUCAAAUACACACAAUGCGCAUAGCCAAUGCCCAGGUAAUAAAUUUGGGCCAACCACUGGCCAGCGCCAUUCGUAAUAUACCCAAGAAGCGGAUACGCCGCCUGACUAGCAAUAGUGGAGCAACUGCAAUGGGCGGAUGUGCAAGUAGAACGGAAGCAGGAGUCGCUGCUGCUGGAAACCAGCCCUCUGCCACGUCCACGCCGCUGGCAGAGAAGCCUGCGUCCAAGAGUGACCCUCAAGAUGAAUACGAUUUGGAGGUGGCUAUCAUUAAUUCCGCUCUGAUCACAGAGGGCAGCGGCAGUGCAGGUGGUGGUGGUGGAAUUGAGGAAACCCCAGAAAACUGUGCGCAGCAAAAGGAAACGCAGAACCAGAACCACAGCGUGGAGAUCGAGGACAUUGAAUCAAUACUCUCGCACCUUCACGGCACCUGAUUUCAUUUCCAUUUUAAUGUUAAUAUGUACACCUAAAACCGCUCGUUGGCAAUCAUGGGAGUACGUCUCUUAGUCUUCUAAGCUACUUAGUUAAGUGUAGAAAGGAAAAACGGUUUUAAAGUGAAUUUCAUCAUUUAUAGUAUGUUACUCAUGCAACCUGCAACCUUGGGCUAACUGUGUGCCCCAAGGAUCGUUAUUAUUAAAGUAUUUAUUUUCGCUGUAAGUUGAGACGGAGCAGCACAUCCUGUUCACACAACAUUCACAAAAAUAUCCCAGAAGAAUCACUAAUUUAUGUUUCAUUAUCCAUAUUCAUAUAUAUUUAUAUAUAUAUAUAAAAAUAUAUAGCUCUGUACAUUGAUAGCCAGUUGAUUUAAUUGUUAAGAGCUGUUUUUUUUCGUAUUUCUAAGGCCCCGCCCGAACAAAAGUUUAUGAUUUGAUUUAUACUGUAAAGGAUAACGUGAAUAUAAGAAAAUAAAAAAUCCAAUCCCUCAA